CUUCUCUUUGGAUUUCUUCCUUCAUCCUCACCUUUCUCUCUUUCCCCCGCCCUUUGCUUUCACUUUAUCCUUUAUUCUCGCCAUUUCCUCUUCUCCACAGCCCUUGUGAAAGCAAUAUCUCUCAUCUGAUCUCUUUUUACUUUAUUUUUAUUUUUUUUAUUUUGUUUAAAAGAUCAACCUCCCCACUCAUCCCCUUUAUUAUAAUAGAAUAAUUCAUAAUGCCUUCUGUAGAGAUGCAAAACGGCACUACUGUCGACUUGGAUGAGCUCUCUAACUUGCUCUCGCAACUUUACACUGCCCCCACUUCCGAAGAGUGUGAUACUAUCGCCAGAGAUCUCUCUGCCAGGGUUCAAAAGGAAGGAUUCAUCACUCUCAAGACCAAGAAUAUCCUUUCUAAUCUUGAGACAGAAGCAAAGAACAAAAAAUCUGGUCUUGCCCGUGAAGGUGCACUGAUCGGUCUCUGUGCAUUGGCUGAUGUCCUCGGCCGUCCUUCUGAACCAUUUUUGCUCCCAUUGCUGCCUAUGAUUCUUGACCUUUAUGCGGAUAAAGGUCCUGUUGUCCAGGAUGCUGCCUCUAGAGCUGCCCAGGCCAUUAUGGCCAACAUGCCUUCCCAGGCUGCACCCAUCCUGUUGCCCAUUCUUUUUCAGAGCAUUGGAGGGCCUGGUAAGAAGUGGCAGACCAAAGUUGGAGCCCUCCAACUCUUGGCUGAUCUCUCGAACGCUUCCCCUAUUCAAGUUGGUAUUGCUCUUCCAGAAAUUAUCCCCGUUGUCAAGGACUGUCUGUCUGACACUAAACAAGAGGUCGCAGACCAAGCUAUGAAGACCAUGUUACGUGUUUGCAACGUCGGCGGUAAUCCCGAUAUUGCUCGUCACCUCAAGGAUCUUUGCGACUGCAUGGCUCAUCCUGAGAAAGUCCCUGUUGUCAUGGAGAAGUUGUCUGCAACCACGUUUGUAGCCGACAUGAACGGCCCUGCACUCGCCAUCAUGGUCCCACUCUUGGUUCGUGCCAUGAACGAGCGUUCAUCCCACAUUCAGCGUCAGACCACCGUCAUCGUCGAUAACCUUUGUAAGCUCGUCAAGGACCCUGCUGAGGCCGGACAGUUCUUGCCCGAUCUCUUGCCUGGUCUUGAGCGCAUCAUUGAUAUUGCUGCCGUCCCCGAGAUUCGUGCCCUUGCUACCGCCGCCAAAAACACUCUCAUCAAAGCCGGAGGCGCAGUCAAGGUCGAUUCUUCCACUCAAACUGACUCGAUUGUUCCAUCAGAAGCUGAAGCUCGUACUAUUCUCAACAAGGCCAUCGCAAAGUAUGGAUUCUUUCCUUCGUUCUUUGACAUCGUCAAGGGUCAUGUCUCUCAAUUGUCUGUUGUUUUGGUCAAGGAAGAAAAUUUGUCUCCUCGCGAGUGGGUUAGCAUUUUGGCUCCUUAUCUCACUGUGUUCAUGACUUCUGCUGACGCUAAUGCUGCCGUCAACGCGAUCGUGGAACACUAUAUUGAGCUGGAUCGCAAACUCAAUGGCGAUACGAAUGUCGAAGAUGAUGAGGAGGGUGAAGAGCUCUGCAACAUUGACUUUUCGCUUGCUUAUGGUGGUAUGAUGUUGCUGAACCACACCAAACUUAAGCUUCACCGUGGUCAUCGUUAUGGUCUUUGUGGACCUAACGGAGCUGGAAAAUCUACUUUGAUGAGGGCUAUCUCUCUCGGAAAGUUGGACGGUUUUCCUUCGCCUGAUGUGCUCCGCACAGUAUUCGUAGAGCACUCACUUCAGGGAGAUCAGGGACAAAUGGCGAUUGUAGACUUUGUUGCCUCGGAUGAAAAGCUUGCGCAGACACCUCGUGAGGAUGUUGUCAAUGCUCUCUUAAAGGUCGGAUUUACGGAGGAGAUGCAAAAGAAUCCUGUUGCAUCAUUGUCCGGAGGUUGGAAGAUGAAGCUCGAGUUGGCCCGCGCCAUGUUAAUGAACGCUGAUAUUCUCUUGUUGGACGAACCUACUAACCACUUGGAUGUCGCCAAUAUCAAAUGGCUGGAAGAAUACCUCAUCAGCCAGACCAAUGUCACAUCGAUCAUCGUCUCACACGACUCUGGAUUCCUCGACAAUGUGUGCACCAACAUUUUGCAUUACGAGCGCAAGAAGCUGAAGAUGUAUAAGGGUAAUCUUUCCGAGUUUGUCAAGGUCAAGCCUGAGGCAAAGUCCUACUACACCUUGGCAGCUACUUCUGUCAAGUUCGAGUUCCCCAAGCCCUCGUUCUUGGUUGGAGUCAAAUCCAACACCAAGGCCAUUAUGAAGAUGACCAAUUGUACCUUCACAUACCCUGGUGCUGCGAAGCCCUCGUUGUAUAACGUAUCUGUUCAGCUCUCACUGUCGUCUCGUGUGGGUGUUAUUGGACCCAAUGGAGCUGGAAAGUCGACAAUGAUCAAACUCUUGACUGGUGAGACCGUUCCUCAGGAGGGUACUGUCUGGAGACAUCCUAACCUUCGUAUUGGCUACGUUGCACAGCAUGCUUUCCACCAUUUGGAGCAGCACUUGGAGAAGACUCCGAAUGCUUACAUUCAGUGGCGUUAUCAAGGUGGUGCUGAUCGCGAAGUAUUGGAGAAGGCCACAGUCGCCAUGACGCCCGAAGAAUUGGAGCAGAUGGAGACCUGGGUUAUUGGCAACGAUGGAAGCAAGCGCCAAGUGGAGCAAAUCAUGGGCCGUCAGAAGCUCAAGAAGUCAUACCAAUAUGAAAUCAAAUGGAAGAAUCAUGUUCACAAGUUCAAUACAUGGAUGCCACGUGAGAAGUUGCUGGAGCUCGGGUUUGAUAAGUUGGUCCGUCAAUUCGAUGACCGUGAGGCCUCACGUGAAGGUCUUGGAUACCGUGAGUUGUCACCAUCGGCUAUCCGGAAGCACUUGGAGGAUGUGGGAUUGGAUGGUGAUAUUGCGGAUCACAAUAUGAUCAGCGGAUUGUCUGGGGGUCAAAAGGUUAAGGUCGUGAUUGCAGCAGCUAUGUGGAACAAUCCCCAUAUGCUUGUCUUGGACGAGCCUACUAACUACUUGGACCGUGAGGCUCUUGGAGGAUUGGCUGUUGCUAUCCGUAACUGGGCUGGUGCAGUCAUCAUGAUUUCCCACAACGACGAGUUCUUGAGUGCUCUCUGUCCCGAGACCUGGACUGUGAAUGCUGGUCGUCUUACGAUCAAUGGCAAGACUGCGGUGCAGGAAAGCAAUUUUGACGAUACUGAGAAACCGAUUGUGGUGGUGAACAAGAAGAAGAAGAAGUCCAGGAACGAAAUUAAGGCCCAGGAGGUUCGUCGCCGUCUUCGCCACUUGGAGUGGUUGGCAUCCGACAAGGGCACUCCCAAGCCCGCAGAUACCGACUCGGACUAAAAAAAAAGUCAAAGAUUUACUCAUAGACGUAUACAGUACACAGCGUUAGAUACCUCCGCAUUUUUUUUAUAUUCAUCAUUCUCAUUGCAUAUCAUCAUAUCCUGUUUACUUCAUUCCCAAUCAUCAUUGUUCAAAGAAAAUUGUAUAAAUAAAUUCAUUUAAUGGGUUGUUUUAAAGUUG